AGCGAUUUUGGCCCAAGGCCUCCUAGAUGUGGGGGCACCACUGGGCCUGAGCUCUGGACGCACUGGGCUCCCCCCCCCCCCCCCCCCGGGCAUGGGAGCGCUCAGCCGCGCCGCGGUGCUCGCGCCGCUGCUGCCCGCGGUCUGCCGCGCGGCGACGUGGGCGCUGCAGCAGUGCCCCGGCAAAACGUGCGACGACCCGAGCCUCCCGCUGAUCGACUUCGACGGCGAGAACUGCGUCUGCCGGGAGCACCCCUGCUGGAACGACCAGGGCAGAGCACACAGCUGCUUCGACGCGAGCCGGCCACACCUGCACUUUCACUACAAGGAGGACGGCACCCUGGUCUGCAGUUGCCAGGCCUGGCCGAGUUUCGGCUCCGUCUACAUCGCGCGGGAUGUCUGCCCAGGCGAGGCGUGCCUCGACAAGGAGACGCCCCUGCUCGACUACAACGGGGACGCGGAGCAG